AUUUUAUUAAAAUGUUCCUUAUUUAAAAUAUUUGGUAAAGUCACACUUUUAGUCCCUCAAAUGGUAUCGAUAUUGAAAUAUUAAUAUUAAUGUUACCAAGAUUAUAAAUGACAUUCCUCAAUUGUCCAAAUUGUUAUAAAUGUGAUCAUUCGAACGGUGAAAUGUACAAUGUGGUUCAUGACUACAUUUACACCCAUUCGAACAAUUAGGGGGUUACAUUUACACCUUUGGGAACACGGAGAUUAAAUUUCAAUGUCGUUACUAUUUGAGAGAUUAAAAGUGCGAUUCUCCCGCAACAUAUUCAUUAAAGAAGUAUACUUUUAAUUUUAAGUAAUUCUAUGAUAAUUUUAUUGGCAUGGAUACCCGAAUCUCUGUUUCAUGCCAUAAAGAGCAGAACUCGCUUUCUGCAUGUCCUCCUCUGCCAAUGUUGUGUUUGACUUGCAAGUUCACGUAAUGAAGGCCGCCUUUUUAAAAACGUUAGUAUAAUUCCAGCGAUUUUUUCGCUUUCCUUUCACCUGGCAUUUCCAUCCCACUCAAAUCUAUGACCUAUCUGAUCCAUCAAAUUCAGAAUUCAUGAAUUAGCAACUACAAAAACGAAGACGACAUGAUUCCACGUCCAAGAAAUUAGAACGAUAAAAUCGGGAAGGAUAGCGAGUGGAGAAGGAUCGUUUGGGAGGAGUCUCCAACCACCUCUUUAUGGCCUCUUAAAAUAAGUGGAAGUCAAUGUACAAUGGUAAUGUUCCCAAACACUCGUCUCUGUUUAUGAUUGGAUAGUAUAUGGGCGGAGCAGUUCAGUUUGACCCGUUUUUCAUGAAAUUGGCAUUCCUGAAAUCACAAUCAUGAAUCCCCAUACCCGUUUUGAAACAUUAUUGGUCUUCGAAAGGGAUGGACAAUCUAGUGUUAACUUGAUCGGGACGUACUUUACAAAGAAUUCAGCUUAGAAGAAACAAUAUAACUGAGGGUUGCAUUGAAGUCCAGCCAUUUCUUGAUAUUCUGUUUGAAGUAUGGGAGACCAUUUUGCUUUACCAGUGGGAUUGAUGCUUACUGAUUCAACCCUUGAAGCCGUUAUACAGAGCAAAAAUCUCUCGAUACCCGCUGCUGUUGAAAAUUUGAGUGCUGAUUUUAGUUCCCAUAGGAUUGAUAUUGAUGAUCAAGGGGUAGGAUCAUCACCAAGAGCAUUGUUAUUGGUGGAAUGUAGGAUUUGCCAUGACGAAGAUGAAGAUUUGAACAUGGAGAUACCCUGCUCCUGCCGUGGAAGCUUGAAGUAUGUCCACCGGCGAUGUGUGCAGCGAUGGUGUAAUGAGAAGGGAGACACGGUCUGUGAAAUUUGCCACCAGCAAUUUAAGCCGGGAUAUACAGCAACACCUCGUUUAUUUCAUCAUAGUAGGAUUCCAUUGAACUUAAGAGAAAAUUGGUAUACUUCUGGUAGAGACCGUCACAUCCCUCCAUACAUUACAUUGGUUUCUACAGAACACAAUUUCAUGGACCCGAACAUUCAAGAGCAUUGUGCAUAUACUCCAAGGAGUUUGAUUUGCUGUCGCAUAGUUGUUAUAACGUUCAUGCUGCUUAUGAUCCUACGUCAUACACUACCGGUUAUCAUCUAUGGGGCCAGGGACUACUCAGUGACACUGUUCAUAUUAUUGGUACUAAGAACUAUUGGAAUUCUAUUGCCAAUCUAUGUAAUGGUAAAGGCUGCUUAUACAUCAGUCAGGAGACGAAGACGGACACACCCUGCAGAGGAAAUAUUGCCAAGCUACUUUGAGUUAUAAUGUGCAUCUUUUUCGGUAUUUCUUUGCUAGGAUGGCGAUCAUAACUCUAGUCUUGCCAUGUUAGAAGAAGGAGAUGAGUUAUUACUAUUGCAGCCCUCUCAACAAUCACAGAUUGUUCAUCUUCACUGACAAUAUGGAGACUUUUUACUCAUUGUCAUCAUGCUAACACACACUGCAGAAACCUGGGGUUGAACUUUGCUUCUUAGAAAGCUAAUUCUAGUUUAUAGGAUUUUUUAGUAUGACAAUCUCAUCGCACAUGUAUUGGCUUUUAGGGGUUUGUUUAGUGAUACCUUCGCUUCAAAUCAUUCUCUAACUAGGUCUUGAUUAAUCUCCUGUACAAGCUAACAUGUUCUUCUUGGCCAAGGAAUUAUAUAUAACAUAAUCCUAAUUGUUAUGUUCACAAGAUAUUGUUC